UUAUCACUGUCAAAGAGCAUAAUCAACUCUACCGAGAGGUUGUUGUUUACUUUACUUUAGUACAUUUAUUUUAACUAUUGUUACCUUCCUAGGAUUGUGAUGUUUCCCGUAGAUAGACAGUCUACUGGCGUACAAUUAUUAUGCAAAUGAUAAAGUUAGUGAUAAAACAACAAUGACUCAACCAACGCCAAAAAGAAAAACGCAAUAUUUAGCGGGUAUUUGUGCGUCCUUGACAUUCCUGUUCACCGGAGCGUCCAGUGCCUGGCCCUCACCAGCUUUGCCGAAAUUAAAAAGUGAGACCACUUUAGUAGAUGCCCAGUUGUCAUGGAUAGUAUCACUGACGACAAUAGGCGGCCUGCCAGGAUGCUACAUAGCGCAAGUACUUCAAGAGAGAUUUGGCCGGAAGAAUACAAUUUUUGCUUCCGCAGUGCCCAACAUAAUAGGCACCAGUAUCAUACUACUCACAACCCGGGCAGAACUUCUUUACCUCGCUAGAUUUUGUACAGGACUCGGCAUGGGUAUGGUUGCAGUUGUAUGUAUGAUUUACAUAACAGAAAUAGCAGACAAAGAAGUCCGCGGUUCUCUGGGCAUGCUUAUCCAAGUGAUGAUGAACUUGGGUCUGUUGACCAUGUACAGCAUAGGCCCAUUCGUAUCGUAUAAGACCUUGAAUACGCUAUGCGUGUGUCUUCCCGUGUUGUACGUGGUAGCCACAGUGUGGAUACCAGAGUCUCCCUACUAUCACUUGAAGGAUGGGAGAGUGGCAGCGGCUAGAAAGGAGUUUAUGGUGCUAAAAGGAGUUACAGAUGAAAAGUGGGUGGAUGAACAAUUGGGCAUAAUGCGGGCACACGUUAGAGAGAGCAUGGAAAACAAGACCAGUAUGAAGGAAUUAUUCACUAAUUUGAGGUAUAGAAGAGCUCUUUAUAUUACUGCAGGUCUAAAGUUUUUACAGUACAUGACUGGGAGUUUCGCAAUACAAUCGUAUUUGGAACUGAUAUUUAGACAAAGCAGUUCAGUGUCGGGGCCUUUAGCAAGCAUAAUAUACGGAUUAGUGCAAUUUACUACGGGUAUAGCUGCUACGUUCCUGACUCGUUACUUCGGGCGUCGCGUCCUCAUGUGCACUUCGUCUCUCGGCGUGGGCAUAUCCUUGACCGUAGUCGGCACCUUCUUCUAUCUCCAAGACUGCGCUAAGCUAAGCCCUGAGAGUCUCGCGAGCAUCUCCUUAAUGCCUCUCAUAGGCAUUCUAGGUUUCAACAUUCUGUACACUGUAGGCAUAGGAAACUUACCUUAUGUUAUGCAAACUGAGUUGUUCCCUAUAAAUGUGAAGACUGUAGCAUCGAGUACAGCAACUAUGUCUGCUUGCGUGUUCACUUUUGUAGUCGGAAAGAGUUAUCAAUUUGUCAAAGACUCGUUGGGGCAUUACAGUGUAUUCUGGAUUUUCGCGUCCGUAGCUUAUUUAGGUGUGUUCUUUGUGUAUUUCUGUGUCCCUGAGACUAAAGGCAAGACGCUGGAAGAAAUCCAGGACAUGUUGAAUGUGAAGCAUUUAGAGGAAGCUCAGGCUUUAAGAAGUCCUGUCGUUACACCCGUUGUAGAAGUAGAUGAAUAGUAAUUAUAUAUUGAAUUUUAUAAGUGUUAUUAUACAGGUUUACCAUAUAUUUUUAUAUAAUAUAGUCUAGCGAAUUUUACUAAUGGCGUUACCAUUACCAGUGAUACUUUAAUAACUAUGCUGUGUGAUAUUUUACGUAGUUUCGCAUCCGUGCCAUAUUUUUAUAAAUAAACAAACACUACAAAUAUAAAAUUAAAACCAA